ACGGAACCAAAGAGGAAAUCUCUCGACGACAGAUUCCCGAUGUCUUUUGACGAUGAAGAGCCCAUAAGCCUCUCGAGUCACGCCCUGGCCGCGUUGGCCGAGUUCCACGCCGAAAAGGACGCCCACCGAAAGACGUUUGAGAAGCUCAAGACCGGGGCCGCCCCCAGAGCCGGAGCCGUGUCCGGGGUCGUCGGCCCCGGAGGAGACGAUGAUGUGGAAGAAGAAGAGGACAACACCCCGGACGAGGACCCGGAUCAGCAGCAGCUGAGCAUGGCGGCUUUUACAGAGGACUGGAACGAGUCGCAGUUUUGGUUCCUGGACGAUACGGCCUUUGUCCUGGCCGACCAGCUCCUCGACGGCGCAUCCGUCAGUUCGACCAUUGGCGUCCUAUCGACGCCGAGCGUAUUCGUCGCGCUCAAGAACCGCCUGAGACAUUGGCCUGUCGAGGACAGACCGAAGCUGGUGUUGUUCGAGCAUGACCACCGGUUCAGCGUCUUUCCCGAGUUUGUCUUUUACGACUUUCAACGGCCUCUCCAGCUUCCGGGCUCGCUCAAGGGUAGUAUAGACAGCAUCAUCAUCGAUCCGCCCUUCUUCAGCAGCGACUGUCAAACAAAGUUUGCCCUCACCGCCCGCUGGCUGCUAAAGCCAGCUUCACCGCGCGUCAUUGUCUGCACGGGUGAGAGAAUGUCCUCGCUCGUCAGCAAGCUCUACCGGUCUCUCAAGGUCUACCCGACUACAUUUGAGCCGGCUCACUCUGGUCUGAGCAACCACUACUAUUGCUAUGCCAACUUUGAGAGUUCCACAUGGGACUGGCGGUCCGACGAGUCUGACUGA